AGUACGCCCAUAUUCAACCUGGGGAUUUGUGAGCGCCUUCGCUGGCAGAGAGUCAGACGGUUAAUGAACUAAGUGGCGAGAGAGACAGAGACAGAGAGAGAGAGCGCGGGGAGAGAAGGAGAGAGACAGAAGCAACGAAAAUCUCCCGUCCCAUAUUAGUUAUCUGAAUGCAACAGAGUUUGAAGUUGAGCAUUUAACGAGGCGAGAGAGAGUUGGACCUACGCGUAAAGUUUCCUAGAUAUAGAAUUCAGUUCUACAGAGUUUCUCGUGUGCAGUUUAGUCUCGGGAGGAUUUGGACGCCUUAUUGGGAGAGGUUUAUUAUAAAUUAAGACAAGUCGAGUGAAAUCUCACCCCCCUCCCCUAUUUAUUAGUGUGGUGCUUGAUACUGGAACCCCCUUACACUAGUUCCCAGCCGGGGGUAGCGGGAGCGGUUGUAGACAGAGAGAGAGACAGGGACAACUCGCAAACAGGGAGAGAGAGGAUGGGAUUUGUUCAGCCGCGUCUCUGGCGCCCGUUGCUCCUUCUCCUCGCCCUGCUCCAGUUCGGCGGCUUGUCCGAAGGGAGGAAGAGCUGGCGGGCCGCCGGCCGCCACAAGCCGGACUAUCGCCGGGCGCAGGGACUGGCCGCCCGCGAUAGGAACCAGGCGCCCGGCUGGAGCCAGCAACAUCAGGCCGGCACGGCGGCGGCUACCGAGGAGGAGAGCUUCACCCUGGACUUCACCGCCGUGGAGGGCAAUAUCGACAACUUCAUGGCGCAGAUCAAGAGCUUGGCUCAGUCUCUGUACCCCUGCUCGGCCCAGAAACUCAACGACGAUAUGAAACUUCACUUUCUGGCCAAUUCUUCCGUUACCUGUAACGAUGGCAGCGCUGCCGGAUACUACAUUAAGGAGUCUAAAGGAAGCAGGAGGUGGCUUGUCUUUUUAGAAGGGGGCUGGUACUGCUUCAGCAAAGAGAACUGUGACAGCCGCUACAACUCCAUGCACCGUCUGAUGAGCUCCACCCACUGGCCUCACAGUAAAACAGGAACGGGAAUGCUGUCUUCUCAGCCGGAAGAAAACCCUUACUGGUGGAAUGCUAAUAUCGUUUUCAUCCCUUACUGCUCGAGUGACGUGUGGAGCGGGGCAUCCCCGAAAUCCGAGAAAAGUGAAUAUGCUUUCAUGGGAGCGCUGAUUAUACAAGAGGUUGUCAAAGAACUAUUGACCAAAGGCCUUGAAAAUGCAAAGAUUCUUCUGUUAGCAGGCACCAGUGCUGGGGGGACUGGCGUUCUCCUGAAUGUGGAUCGAGUGGCUGAGCUGCUGGAGGAGUUGGGAGUACGUGGAGUGCAGGUGCGCGGGCUGGCCGACUCGGGCUGGUUCCUCGACAACAAGCAAUACCAGAGGACGGACUGCAUCGACACCAUAUCAUGCUCUCCCAGUGAAGCGAUCAAGAAGGGGAUAAGCUAUUGGAAUGGAGUCGUGCCAGAAAGAUGCCGGGAACAAUUCAAGGAUGGGGAAGAGUGGAACUGCUUCUUCGGAUACAAAAUCUAUCCCACGUUAAGAAGCCCGUUGUUCGUGGUGCAGUGGCUCUUUGAUGAAGCACAGCUCAUGGUGGACAAUGUGCAUCUCACUGGUCAACCUGUUCAAGAAGGCCAGUGGAACUACAUCCAGAACUUGGGGCGGGAGCUGAAGAAUACUCUCAAAGAUGUUCCGGCCGUGUUUGCACCUGCCUGUUUGUCUCAUGAAGUUAUCACAAAAAGCUACUGGUUGAACCUUCAGGUGAAAGGCGUCUCUCUGCCGCGGGCACUGCACUGUUGGGACCGGAGCCUGCAGGACGGCGCCAGGAACAACGGCAAGGGCUCGCCGAAGGGCUGCCCGGUCCACCUGACCGACAGCUGCCACUGGCCGCACUGUAACCCCACCUGCCCCACCAUCAGGGACCAGUACACAGGCCAGGAGAUGACUGUGAUACAGUUCCUCAUGCACAUGGGAUUCGACAUACAGAAGAUGGCUCAGCAACAGGGCUUGGAGGUGAGCAAACUCUUGGGCAUGCUGAGCAGCGGGAGCUAAGGCAAUCCCCUCCCUCCGGCCUCUCUCCGGGACUGACGAGACUCGUGGCCGAGGGAAAGAAGUCCGAGCCCACACUCGGAGGAGAACCCGACGGGCCGGCCUUUCUUUCCUCCUUCACUUUCUGCAACCUCACACAACCUCUCACCACAAGACAAAAUUAUUUUUUUAAAGACAACACACCCCUGCAAACGCCACGGAAAGAUAAACCAGGCGCGGCGGGAGAGCGCUGGAUUGUUUCACGCGCGGCACGAGAAAGGAAGGAGCGGUGUUUACCGAAAUAAAUUUACUGGUUGUCACGGAUCGGAUCACAGAAACACAACGCAGACACGUGUACAUGCGUACGUGUAGGAAGGAAUUGCAGAUGCUGGUUUAAACCGAAGAUAGACUCAAAAUGCUGGAGUAUUUUGCUUGGGCAGCUGUCAGCCCAGUGGUUUGAUUGUUGAUCUCUCUAGCUUCAAGUAACCCUGGCAUUCCCCCCUCUCUCUUUCUCCAUCCCUCCCCCACCCGUCAAGUCGCACCAGCUUCUCGUUCUCACCCAACAAACAGCUAAACAGUGGCCCGUUUUCCUUUAUCAUUGUCAUUUUUUUUUUUGGCAUCUCUUUCACUCAUUUGUUCUUCAUCUCUCCACAUCGCCGUCUGUAUCUCUCGCUUCCCUGAUUCACCAACCAGUCUGAAGAAGGGGCUCGACCCGAAACAAUUCUCAAUUGGCAAAGUGUACAGAAAUGUCCCACUGAGACCACCGCAUGCAAGAGGCGACGGGUGUUGGCACCAUUUUCAAACUCCCCCGUGCCCCAAGGCUGGACUUAGUCUGGGUUAACGCCGUAACGUAGCCAGGGUUAGACUUCCUCGUAGUGUUGGAGGGUCUACAGUGCAGAGACAGGUCAUGUUGGUGUAAAUGUACCUUGCCCUCAAUAGACAUUAGACAAUAGGUGCAGGAGUAGGCCAUUCGGCCCUUCAAGCCAGCACCGCCAUUUAAUGUGAUCAUGGCUGAUCAUCCCCAAUCAGUGCCCCGUUCCUGCCUUCUCCCCAUGUCCCCUGACUCCGCUAUCUUUAAGAGCCCUAGCUAGCUCUCUCUUGAAAGUAUCCAGAGAACCGGCCUCCACCGCCCUCUGAGGCAGAGAAUUCCACAGACUCACAACUCUCUGUGUGAAAUAGAGUUUCCUUAUCUCUUGAUUCCAUCUUGCAUUGUCUGCCUCUCAUCGUCACUUUCCCCGAGCUCACAACCAUCCAUUUUCCUUCAGUUUCGCCCACUUUGAUCUCUCGUUUUCACACCUUACACGCACAUAUCUCUCGUUUCUCUCUUCCCCCGACUGGGGAAGGGUCUCGAGUCAACCCGAGACGUCGCCCAUUCCUUCUCUCCAGAGGCGCUGCCUGUCCCGCUGAGUUACUCCGGCGCUUUGUGACUAUAUCUGCAGACACACGUAUCCCCCUUCCCCCCCCCCAUCAGUUAACAGUGUAACACCAGGACAGUGCACUACACACAGGGACAUUGAGGCCCUCGGUGUCUCAAGCUAUAACGCUGUGUAUUUUUUAACAAAACUAAAACCUGUGCUAAGUUGGUAAUUUUACAUAUUUAUUUUAUUAUGUAAAUCAUAUUUAUAAGUGUUAUGCAGGCAAAGAGCUAAAUAUGUUUCUUUAUAAAUUGUAAAUACUGUCUCCUAAUUGCAUGUUUUUUUUUGUAAUGGAAUUAAAAUCAUCUUAUGACAACC